CAGAUUCAGGUGUUUUAUUGUCAAUACUUCGUCGAUGUUAUCCUUGUUCAGAUUAAUGAUACGUAAUUUCACUUUUGUUUAUCGUUGGGUUGGGAAGGAACGGUAGUCAGGACCGACAUUACUCGUCUGUCUCUGCAGACAGUGGCGACAGACUGAAAUUAGUACAUGUUUUUGGUAAAUGUAUCUAGUUAACUCAAGCGGGGGUACCGGAUGCGGGUUGGAUCAAUCAACUGAAAUAUAUAUUUUUUACUCUUGCGGCAUCUCUCAAAUCAGCAAAACUACGUCAUUCACACCAUACAUUUUCUGCUAGCAUGUUCGGCUAGCAGAGACCAUACCAUUAGCUAACGUUAGCCAACUGUCUGGCAGUGUUCCAGUUUAUUCGCAUUUAUUAUGUAGAAAACAAUGUUUGAAAUGUAGCCCAUCACAUGGGUGAAUGGAUCCUGACCUCAAACAAAUAUAGCGUGCUAUUAUGUUGUAAACGGAGCGAACGGAGGUUGUUUUGCUGCUAGAUAGCUUUCUAGUCAAGUUAUGCACCACAUUAGGUGCUGUAGAUCUCUGCGAGUUUUUAAAGUGUUAUGACCGAUAAGGAGUUAACAUUAUUUUUGGUGAGGGAAAUGUUUGGGGUGAUCAAACUUGAAGUGUGUGUCGCAUCUGGAUGCAGAGGGCUGGGGCGAGCGGGGGAAUGGCGUCCUAGAUUUAUCAGGAGACAUAUACUUGGAUUACGGAGGACGAAUGGAAGGAAAAAUAGAGGAAGGCUUCCAUGUCUUCUCCCUGGACCUCCUCAAUGUCCACCUCUUGAUCAUCAGACUCUGAGGCCUCAUCUUCACUGUCACUUUCCAACCUGGUUGAGGAUGGCUCAUUGUCAGGCUCAAAAAGCCUCAAAUUUGCCUGGAUGUCCACCAAUUUUUUAACCCAUAUAUUGGUCAGCCUGUUGCGUGCUUUGUUGUGUGUGUUUCCAAACAAGGACCAGUUGCGCUCUGAGGCGGCGGCUGUUGGCGGGAUUUGGAGGAUAAUGGAGGCAACAGGUGAAAGAGCCUCAGAUCCACAAAGUCCCUUCCACCAGGUGGCUGAUGAGAUAUGUUGGCAUGACUGUCAUAUUGCAUCUCCAUCCCAAAGCCCUUGCUUGGAAGUGUACUUCGCCAGACUGCCAAGAACCUUGCCAUCAUCCAGGCCAAGGUGGCGAGACACGGUAGUGAUGACACCAUAGACCUUGUUGAUCUCUGCACGAGACAGGAUGCUCUUGGCAGCGUACAUGUACGCUGCGGCGUGUAUGGGCUUCAGGCAGAAGUCUUCAUGCUUUUUGAUGUAUUUCAGAACUGCAGUUUCCUCUGCUUGGAGCAACAGUGAAGUGGGCAGGGCAGUAUGGACAUCAGACAGGAUGCCAUUGUCUCCCUCAAAUCUCCUAUAUGUUUCAGGCUGCUUACCACUCUCCCAAAAUAUAUCAUCCAGGAGGAUCCUCUUGAUGGGGCUGUCCAUAUCGGCAGACUAUGAUAUGGCCAUUUCUUGGAGAGACUCCUUCCCCUCCAGGACUGUCCAACAUUUCAUUUACAUUUAAGUCAUUUAGCAGACGCUCUUAUCCAGAGCGACUUACAAAUCGUUUUCUUAUCAAACAGAGUGGAGCUUGGUGCUGUCACAUUCUCAGACUUACUUGAGAAAUGUCCACCCCGGACCCCCCCAUGGGAGGGACGCCUCGGCCGGGCCCGUCUCCAGGCCCUUCUCCAGGAGCCAUGAGGGGCCCCAGCCCUUCCCCAGGCUCUGCUCAUAACAUGAUGGGACCCAGCCCAGGUCCCCCAGCCUCUGGACACUCCCACCCACAACAGGGGCCCUCAGGAUAUCCUCAGGAGAAUAUGCAUCAGAUGCACAAACCUAUGGAAGGCAUGCAUGAGAAGGGCAUGUCUGAUGACCCUCGCUAUGGACCAAUGAAGAGCAUGGGCAUGAGACCAGGUGGAGGCCACAUUGGAAUGGGACACCCUCCUAGCCCCAUGGAUCAACAUUCACAAGGCUACCCCUCUCCACUGGGGAGUUCUGAGCACUCUCCCAACCCUGUGCCAGCCAACAGCCCUCCCCCCAGCCCCAUGAUGCCCUCUGGCCCAGGUGUCCCCAUGGAGGGCGGUGACCCCCAGGCCAUGGGCCAGCAGAGCCUCGGUGGUGUCCUGAGUGGUGAUUCUGUGCCAGGCGGGGUUGAGCCUGGUGGACCCACCCCCUUCAACCAAAACCAGCUGCACCAGCUCAGGGCCCAGAUCAUGGCCUACAAGAUGCUGGCUCGCAGCCAGCCCCUACCAGACCACCUGCAGAUGGCUGUGCAGGGCAAGAGGCCCAUGCCAGGGAUGCAGCAGCAGCCAGGGAUGCCCAACAUGCCCCCUUCCACUGGGCCUGGAGCGGGGCCUGGACAGCCACCAGCAAACUACAACAGAUCACUUGGAAUGGUAGGCCCAAAUAUGCCUCCUCCAGGACCCUCAGGUGUUCCUCCUGGUAUGCAGGGCCAGCCCACCAAUGGCCCCCCUAAACAAUGGCCCCAAGGGCCCAUGGUGAAUGCUGCUGCUCCAUCCAGUGCCCCCCAGAAGCUGAUUUCCCCUCAGCCCACUGGCAGACCCUCCCCUGCUCCCCCCUCCCCCCAGCCCCCACCCAUGGUGCUGCACCAGAAACAGAACCGCAUCACGCCCAUCCAGAAGCCCCAUGGCCUGGACCCAGUAGAGAUCCUCCAGGAGAGAGAGUACAGGCUGCAGGCUCGAGUGCUGAGGCACGUAGCGAGUAAAAAUCAUCUGUCCUCCGUUCCAACACGCACUACCGAGUUUCAAACUGCCUCUGGAAGCAACGUUAGCACAAGAACUGUUCGUCGGGAGCUUCAUGAAAUGGGUUUCCAUGGCCGAGCAGCCGCACACAAGCCUAAGAUCACCAUGCGCAAUGCCAAGCGUCGGCUGGAGUGGUGUAAAGCUCGCCGCCAUUGGACUCUGGAGCAGUGGAAACGCGUUCUCUGGAGUGAUGAAUCACACUUCACCAUCUGGCAGUCCGACGGACGAAUCUGGCUUUGGCGGAUGCCAGGAGAAAGCUACCUGACUGAAUGCAUAGUUCCAUCUGUAAAGUUUGGCGGAGGAGGAAUAAUGGUCUGGGGAUGUUUUUCAUGGUUCGGGUUAGGCCCCUUAGUUCCAGUGAAGGGAAAUCUUAACGCUACAGCAUACAAUGACAUUCUAGACGAUUCUGUGCUUCCAACUUUGUGGCAACAGUUUGGGGAAGGCCCUUUCCUGUUUCAGCAUGACAAUGGCCCCAUGCACAAAGCGAGGUCCAUACAGAAAUGGUUUACCGAGAUCGGUGUGGAAGAACUUGACUGGCCUGCACAGAGCCCUGACCUCAAUCCCAUCGAACACCUUUGGGAUGAAUUGGAACGCAGACUGCGAGCCAGGCCUAAUCGCCCAACAUCAGUGCCUGACCUCACUAAUGCUCUUAUGGCUGAAUGGAAGCAAGUCCCCGCAGCAAUGUUCCAACAUCUAGUGGAAAGCCUUCCCAGAAGAGUUGAGGCUGUUAUAGCAGCAAAGGGGGGACCAACUCCAUAUUAAUGCCCAUGAUUUUUGGAAUUAUAUGUUCAAAGAGCAGGUGUCCACAUACUUUUGGUCAUGUAGUCUACACAAUUGGCUGGGGGGUUAGAUCAGCUCAAAUGUUGCAGAUUGUGGCUUCUAUCAGUGUAAAUAUCUGCAUUAUUUCCAAUCCCACAUUUUUUGGCUAUAUAUAUAUAUAUAUAUAUAUAGUAGCAGUCAAAAGUUUAGACACCUACUUGUUCGAGUUAAAAAAAAAAAAGGUACUAUUUUCUACAUUGUAGAAUAAUAGUAUAGACUUAAACUAUGAAAUAACACAUGGAAUCAUGUAGUAACCAAAAAAGUGUUAAACAAAUCAAAAUAUAUUUGAGAUUCUUCAAAGUACAUGACAGCUUUUCACACUCUUUGCAUUCUCUCAACCAGCUUCAUGAGGUAGUCACCUGAAAUGCAUUUCAAUUAACAAGUGUGCCUUGAUAAAGUUAAUGCGCUUGAGCCAAUCAGAUGUGUUGUGACAAGGUUGGGUGGUAUACAGAAGAUAGCCCUAUUUGGUAAGAACAGCUCAAAUAAGCAAAGAGAAAUGAUAGACCAUAUUUACUUUAAGACAUGGUCAUUCAUUACAGUUACCAGCCUCAAAAAUCGGCAAUUAACUGCACCUCAGAUUUUUAUUUUUAUUUCAACUUUAUUUAACCAGGUAGGCUAGUUGAGAACAAGUUCUCAUUUGCAACUGCGACCUGGCCAAGAUAAAGCAUAGCAGUGUGAACAGACAACAGAGUUGCACAUGGAGUAAACAAUAAGCAAGUCAAUAACAAUAGUAGAAAAAAAAGAAUCUAUAUACAUUGUGUGCAAAAGGCAUGAGGGUAGGCAAUAAAUAGGCCAUAGGAGUGAAUAAUUACAAUUUAGCAGAUUAACACGAGUGAUAAAUGAUCAGAUGAACAUGUGCAGGUAGAAAUACUGGUGUGCAAAAGAGCAGAAAAGUAAAUCAAAUAAACAAUAUGGGGAUGAGGUGGGUAAAUUGGGUGGGCUAUAUACCGAUGGACUAUGUACAGUUGCAGUGAUCGGUUAGCUGCUCAGAUAGCAGAUGUUUAAAGUUGGUGAGGGAGAUAAGUCUCCAACUUCAGCGAUUUUUGCAAUUCGUUCCAGUCACAGGCAGCAGAGAACUGGAAGGAAAGGCGGCCAAAUUAGGUUUUAGCUUUAGGGAUGAUCAGUGAGAUACACCUGCUGGAGCGCGUGCUACGGGUGGGUGUUGCCAUCGUGACCAGUGAACUGAGAUAAGGUGGAGCUUUACCUAGCAUGGACUUGUAGAUGACCUGGAGCCAGUGGGUCUGGCGACGAACAUGUAGUGAGGGCCAGCUGACUAGAGCAUACAGGUCGCAGUGGUGGGUGGUAUAAGGUGCUUUAGUAACAAAACGGAUGGCACUGUGAUAAACUGCAUCUAGUUUGCUGAGUAGAGUAUUGGAAGCUAUUUUGUAGAUGAGGAUCAGUAGGAUAGGCAGUUUUACUAGGGUAAGUUUUGCGGCAUGAGUGAAGGAGGCUUUGUUGCGAAAUAGAAAGCCGACUCUAGAUUUGAUUUUGGAUUAGAGAUGUUUAAUAUGAGUCUGAACGGAGAGUUUGCAGUCUAGCCAGACACCUAGGGUACUUGUAGAUGUCCACAUAUUCUAGGUCGGAAAAAUCCAGGGUGGUGAUGCUAGUCGGGCGUGUGGGUGCAGGCAGCGAACGUUUGAAAAGCAGGCAUUUGGUUUUAAUAGUGUUUAAGAGCAGUUGGAGGCCACGGAAGGAGUGUUGUAUGGCAUUGAAGCUUGUUUGGAGGUUAGAUAGCACAGUGUCCAUAUAAAUGAUUGCACCCCAUAUAAAUGCUUCACAGAGUUCAAGUAACAGACAUCUCAACACUGCUGCACAGAAACCACUACCAAUAAGCCAAGAAACACAAGCAAUGGAUAUUAGACUUUGGAAAUCUGUCCUUUGGUCUGAUGAGUCCAAAUUUGAGAUUUGUGGUUCCAACCGCCGUGUCUUCGGGAGAUGCAGAGUAGGUGAACGGAUGAUAGUGUGGUUCUCACUGUGAAGCAUGGAGGAGGUGGUGUGAUGUUGUGGGGAUGCUUUGCUGGUGACACUGAUUUAUUUAGAAUUCAAUGCACACUUAACCAGCAUGGCUACGACCGCAUUCUUCAGCGAUACGCCAUUCCAUCUGGUUUGUGCUUAGUGGGACUAUCAUUUGUUUUUCAACAGGACAAUGAACAAACACACCUUCAGGCUGUGUAAGGUCUAUUUGACCAAGAAGGAGAGUGAUGGGAGUGCUGCAUCAGAUGACCUGGCCUCCACAAUCACCCGACUUCAAACCAAUUGAGAUGGUUUGGGAUGAGUUGGACUGCAGAGUGAAGAUAAGCAGCCAACAAGUGUUCAGCAUAUGUGGGAACUUCUUAGACUGUUAGAAAAGCAUUCCAGGUGACUACCUCAUGAAGCUGGUUGAGAGAAUGCCAAGAGUGUGUAAAGCUGUCAUCAAGGCAAAGGGUGGCUACUUUGAAAAAUAUUACAUAUUUAGAUUUGUUUAACACUUUUGGUUACUGCAUGAUUUCAUAGUUUUGAUGUCUUCACUAUUAUUCUACAAUGAAUAGUACAAAUAAAGAAAAACCCUUGAAUGAGUAGGCGUGUCAACUUUUGACAGGUUUUAUGUAUAUAAACAUUUGUUAUAUAUUGUCCAUUUAUUAUUUUCCCAUAACCCUACCACCCCUCCCCUAAUUGGAUUAAACUAAUGGACAACACUUAGGCUUCUACUUACAGCUUAUACAUACUAUAUCCUCUACAUUUUACGGACACAGUACAUUAUACUUUAUCUUGUUUUUUAUUAUUUUUCCUCUCAACCCCUCCCAUCCAUCUCUGAACACCAUCCAGUUUUAAUGUCUAUUUGCCAUAUAUUUUUCAACUGUACUGUGAUGUUUCACAAAAGUUCAGAACCUUUCUAGUCUCAUAGUUUCAACAGAUUGUAAAUUAAAUAUAAACAUUUUUGCUUAAGAGUA